GGCGGGGCCGUGCUCAGAGGGCUGAUAGUGAAGAGGAGGUUGUUGUUUGUUGUUUUGAUCGAGAGUUUGAGCCGUCGCGUCGUUUCUUUAAUUUAACGCUUACGUUUAAAAAGCACAGCUCACGGUAAACACGUCGACACACUGUAAACCGCGUUAAUAAGCUGCUACAUCGAGCGGGAAGAGCCCGGAGACGGCAAACAUGAAAUGGAUGUUCAAAGAGGAUCACUCGUUGGAACAUCGAUGCAUAGAGUCCGCCAAAAUCCGCAACAAGUACCCUGACAGGGUCCCGGUGAUAGUUGAGAAGGUGUCGGGAUCACAGAUCACAGACAUCGAUAAGAGGAAGUACCUGGUCCCCUCUGACAUCACGGUGGCUCAGUUCAUGUGGAUCAUCAGAAAACGCAUCCAGCUGCCGUCGGAGAAGGCCAUCUUCCUGUUUGUGGACAAGACCGUGCCUCAGUCCAGCAUCACGAUGGGCCAGCUCUACGACAAGGAGAAGGACGAGGACGGCUUUUUAUACGUGGCGUACAGCGGGGAGAACACCUUUGGUUUUUAAACGAGGAGCCAUGACUACGACCACUCUGACACCCACCCACAUCUAAUCACAGCCCCUGGA